GCCACAUUUCUACCGUUAUCACCCAUUCCCCAGUAGUCACUGGUAGCUCGUACCGUUAAACCCGACACAGAACUACUUUUUAACACAUGAAAAUAAUCUACAAGGCAGAACAUUCGUCACACAGCCCAGUCAAAUAUUGCCACGCUGCAUUGUUCUCGUGGACUCAGCGGACGUGCCGCGUUUGAGCGGUUAUGUCGGUUAUCUGAUGAACACUUUCGUGGCGAAGCAUAAUAUCACACUGCGUUUCUUAUACCCAGUUAAAGCGGGCGAAUUGGUACAUCUAACGACACUUUUGAAAUAUGUCACUAACGGUACAAUAGAUUUUGCCGUCACUCUCGUGCCGUUAUUUUAUGAUCUAUCAGAAACUUAUCCAUUGCUGGCAUAUCCACUGGAAACAAUUCGUUGGUUCAUUGUGUUGCCUUGUCCGCAGCCGUUGGCGUAUGCAGAAAUAUAUAAGAUCGUAAUAACGGCACAUGUAUUUGGCGCUUUGUUGAUAUUCUCACUGCUGUUUUCGCUCAUAGAUACCGUUAUUAAGCAUUUGUUCUACACAUCCCACGCCGAGUUUGAUUUCGUUAAUAUUUUAGUGAAUGAAAAUAUUUUUCGCGGCAUUUUCGGUCUCUCCUUUCUCAUAAGACGCCGACCGGUGCUUUCGUUGAAAAUACUUUAUCUUUUCCUCAUGCUACUGGGUCUCUUCGUGAGCAACAUGUAUUCUGCGUACUUUCAGACGCUCUUCACGAGUCCACCGCUACAAGAGGAAAUACAAACCUUCGACGAUAUGCGUCGCACUGGACUGAAACUAAUGGUUGAUCGCAAUGAGAUCAAAUCCAUUGUGGAUUCAUUUGCUUUUAUUUCCAACAAGACUUUUCAAAACAUUUUACAGUUAGAAGAUACUGGAACAUUUCAACGUCAUCGUCGCGAUUAUGAUAACACUUAUGGCUACACCAUGCCGGAAUCACUUUGGCCCAUCUUCAAGGCGCAGCAAGAAACCUAUGACAGCCACAUUUUUUGUUUAGCUCCAAGUCUCCAAUUGUUCAGUGGUAUGUCGUUGGGCGCACCGUUAGCCGAGAAUUCAUACCUAACGGCACCUUUGAGCAUGUUGAUAUUGCGUGUCAUUGAAACCGGUCUUCUGGCACAUUGGCGCACGAGAACAUUCCUCGAUUUAGUAGAAAGUAAACAGCUCUUUUUCAAAAGACCCGCACAGAAGCAGCUUUUCCAUGACAUCAGCGUGAAUGAUGUGCAGUUUCCGUUUUAUAUGCUGUUAGGCGGCUUGUUCGGGAGUAGUAUUCUCUUCACUUUGGAAAUUUAUACAUUCAAAUUAAGAAAGAGUCAAAAACAGAGAUCAUGAAAAGUGCAUAAGAAAGUCAAAAAGGCCGCUUAACAUAUAUAUAUAUAAGUAUUCCAAGCUGAGA